AAUUCGGUGACGAGAAAGGACGCUAGCGUCCACUUUCGCUAACAUCGAUCAGUUCUGGUGACGUCAUAGGUACGCGAUUAGGAGAGGCGGCGUCCUUGUCUACCUCACCUACUUCUGCAUCUGCAAGGACGAAAUCGUCGUUAUGGUAGAAGCCAUCCGGGUGGUCUCGGAAGAUAUCACUAAGAACCGCCUGGUGAAAAUAACAGAACAACGCCUCUGAACGAAUUUCCAAAGCAAAAAAUAAUAAUAUUCGUUUUUCGCGAUUGUUGAUGUCUUCCUCUUAUAUACGAUGCUAGUCGUUUCUUGAAAAUUUUUCUUCACUCUACUUCAAUGGCGAACAAAGCUGUAGAGACUUUCAGAACCAAGUUACCCGUGCCAAAAACAUCCGAUGAUGACGUAAGCGUCUGGAGCAUCUUAAAAAAUUGCAUCGGAAAAGAUUUGUCCAAGGUAGCUAUGCCCGUUGUGUUUAACGAGCCACUCAGUUUCCUGCAAAGAAUAACGGAAUAUAUGGAAUACAGUUAUCUAUUAAAGAAAGCCAAUCAGGCUGACGACGCCGUGGAGAGGAUAGAGUAUGUUGCUGCCUUCGCCGUUUCUGCUUUGGCUUCCAAUUGGCAGAGACUGAGUAAGCCCUUUAAUCCACUUCUCGGGGAAACCUAUGAGUUGGUAAGGGAUGACCUAGGUUUUAGGAUAAUGUGUGAACAGGUGAGUCAUCAUCCACCCAUCAGCGCUUUCCAUGCAGAUUCCGAACAUUUCGAAUUUUUUGGAACCAUGCAGCCCAAAUUAAAAUGGGGCAAAUCAGUGGAGAUUAAACCGGAGGGAAGAUUAACGGUCAAAUUACUCAGACACGGAGAGAGUUAUUCUUGGACAAAUGUUAAUUGUUGCGUACAUAAUGUCAUCGUGGGUCAACUCUGGUUCGAACAGUACGGAACCAUGGAAAUCAUCGGUUAUACAACCGGUCUGCGGGCCACCAUUCACUUCAAAUCUGCUGGAAUUACAGGAAGGGACUUGCAUCGCUUAGAAGGAUUCGUUUCUGAUUCUCAGAAUACCAAACUACGAUUUCUUUAUGGCAAAUGGACUGAGAAUUUUAAAUCGGCUAACAUGAAUGACUAUGAAGAGUAUAAGCGUGCAAAUUGGCACAAAUUUUCUAUCGUCGAUUCAAACGAAGCAAGUUCCAAUACUGCACAUGCCUCCAGUCCUGGUGGGAGUCCUUCGCAAACACCGAAAAAAGUAGUAGUAUCAAAACUGAAUAUGUUGACUCGAUCCUUUACAAGCGGAUCCAAUAAAGUUACUUCCGGAUCUGAUUCCGUAGAUAACGGAGACGUGCCCAGAAAUGAUCCCAGUACUUCUAUUGAAAUUUCUAAUUCUACAACAUUGUGGGAAGUUGUGCCUCGACCUGAAUAUUCCUCUCAGUAUUAUCAUUUCACUCUUUUCUCCAUGGGUUUGAAUCAACUGAGCGAAGAACUGGAAAAGACCUUGCCUCCAACUGACUGUCGCUUUCGCCCUGAUAUUCGAAAACUCGAGGAGGGUGAUAUAGAUGGAGCUGCUUCCGAGAAAAAUCGAUUGGAAGAAAAACAGCGAGAAGCCAGGAAACAUCGAAAGAGGAAAAGAGAAAACUGGACAUCUAUGUGGUUUGAACUCGGUCAACAUCCCGACACUCAAGAGGAGAUCUGGCUUUUCAAAGGCGAUUACUGGCAGAGGAACUUUGUCGAUUGUCCAGAUAUCUUUUGACUAACCAGUUGCCGUUUUUGGCUACAGUUUUCUAGAAAUGAAAACCGUUUCUCUUAUUUUCGGAUUCGUUCGUAGACAUUUUGAACAUGUGACUGUCCAAACAAUUUUAAUUUAUUUGCAAAAAAGAAACAUGAGAUAUUUACACAUUAUAAUUUCAAUUUAUCAUAUAUUAAUAUAUGUCAAGUAGAAGUAUCGUUCGUCUUGUUGUCAAGACUCCAUUCGUUCAAAAAACCCUUAGAAAUGAAUAUUCGUAUUAUCGGCCGUUAGAAUUGAUUAUUUGUCAGUCACUUCAACAAUUAGGCAGAGUGAAGAUCAAAAAGAAACGCAUGUCCCAGAAAAUUCAUUUUGUAUGAAUUGUUACAAUUUGGAAUGAAAGUGUUUUUUUUUCUUCUGGCAAAAUAUUCUUUACAUUUGGUAAGUCAAAUAUUAAUUAAUAGUAACGGUUAUGGAUACGAAGAAAAUAUAUUUUUUUUCUCUGAAGGGGUUGAUAGCGAUAACGAACAUCUUCGGAGUUUUGAGACAACAACUCGAGCGAGCUUCUUAUGCUUCCCUCUGGAAACACAGACAGGAUUUCGACUUAGAUCAAGUACAAACCAUUUCUAGAAUCAAGGUUUUUAUAAACAGAACUAAAUCACCAACCUUUUGGGAUAAAAGUAAUCCUUUUGUAAUUUUAAUAUGGCUUUUACAAUACCAGCACAUAAGUAAUUUCCAUUAAAACCGAACAGAUCCCAGAUUAGUUUAUCACCAGAAAAUUUUCGCUCAACUAACAUUACAUUUAUUAAGAAACCUAUUCGAAAAAAAACCCUCUUCCGAGAACUAACCUCGAGAUAAUCGUGUUAGCUUUGCAGGGACCACAUCAGGGAUCAAUCUUGAUACGUAAUCAAAAAUGCAUUUUGGGAGAAGCUAUCGCUCCUCUUAUUUUUUGUAGAGCCCAAGCACUUUAUUGUUUAGAAAAUUGAGUAUGAUCUACGAAGACGAGAAGUAUAAUUUAAAUGAUGGGGUCAAGCGAAAUAGAAGUGUCUUCCAAUCAAGCCAAGCAAUAAAGUUUACUGCAAAAAAUCAACAGACAAAGUAUCUUUACAAAUGAGAAGACUGAAGGGUCUCUGAGACAAAUUAGAAACCAAUAGCCCAUUUUACAAAUAUCAGCAUAAUAACCUGAUAUAAAUUAGUCCUCCAUACCUAUCUAGCAACAUUUACGUAAUAAAAUGUCUCAAAGCUCAACCGAAGUCAACUUGUUACGCUUCCCCAAUGUAUGGUUAUUUCUAUCGCCCGAAACGAGUGUAUGAAGAAUCCAGCAAUAAGGGAGAAAGCUGUAAAUAAGCUAUCGUCGUGAUUCCACAUAUCAUUGUUUGUAUAUAAGUUGUGCAAAUAAAAACGUAGUUACGUUUUUAGCUUAUUUUCAUUCUAUUUACCUCAAUUACAAUCAAACAGUAUUGAGUUUAAGUUAUAAAAUUGCAAUGGGCAGAAAUUUUUCACAUAUAGAACAAAUAAAGUUUCAGAAUUGCCAUUGAUUCCAAAUACCUACUUUAAAUAAAAGUAUCCUAUAUAAAAACAUAAAUGGUAAUAAUAAAUAGCAUUGUAUAUUGCUUUCUCGUUACCCUCUCCUAAUAUGAUCAAUCGAAUGAGAAUCAGAAGUUUAAAAAACAAAUUUCAAGUAAUCACUUUGCCCAAGAAGUGUCAUGUAAUUGAUAUUGUUGUAAACCCAAUUUAGUUUAUGAUAUCUCACAACUAGGGAUGUCAUCACUAAUCGUGGAGAAAAGAAGUGAUCGGCCACCCUUCUACAAGAAUGGUAUUAUGUAAACUUAUUAGCGUCUAAUAAAUCGUUAUUAUUCUAUAUAUUAAAAAAAUCAGGUCCAGUAAUUGGUGGAUGACUUUGAGGAUAUUAAAGAAUAUCAUUUCAAAUAUAAUGUAAUAUCUUAGAAAAAUAAUUCUAGUAUAUUUUAAAUAAU